UCUUCAAAAUAUGGCUUUCUUGAGAGUUUUUCUGUUGGGUGCGUUGCUGAGUACGACAUGUUCCAAGACUUUGGAGGAACGGGGGCAGAUUCGUCGCAACAGUGGAUUCCCGGAAUCAAACCAUCAUCAGGCUUGGAUACGAGAUGUGGAGUACGAGAACGUUGAUCCUUUAUCUACGGAUCCUACUGUUACUGAUCAAUCUGCGGCUGCCGAUCCAUUCGUUACUGAUCCCUCUGAUCCUACCAUUACUGACCCAUCUGUCACUGGUCCUGCUUUGACUGAUCCUCCUGUAACAGAUCCUGCCGUCACUGAUCCAAUUGUCACAGAUCCGACCAUUACUGAUCCUGCCAUUACUGACCCUUCUGAAACUGAUCCAUCUGUCACUGAUCCUACUGUAACUGAUCCAUCUGUCAGAGAUCCGACCGUUACUGAUCCUACCGUUACUGAUCCUUCUGCAACGGAUCCUACUGUAACUGAUCCGUCUGUAACAGAUCCUGCCGUAACGGAUCCACCUAUUACUGAUCCUUCUGCAACUGAUCCUACUGUAACUGAUCCAUCUGUUACUGAUCCUACCGUUACUGAUCCUCCUGCAACUGAUCCCUCCGUUACGGAUCCUUCUGAUGCCGAUCCUUCAACUUCACCGAGUCCUACAACUACUACUACCGGUGAACCUUCAACAACUACCGAGGGCGGUGCUCGAUCACUCACCAGUCCUAGUAACUUGUUCCUGCUCACAGUAGGAAUUGCGGUUCUGCUGAAUCACUUUUGUUUGUAGUACAUUAAAUCGGUAGCUGUAAGAUAGUAACAAACUUU